GAAAUCGGGCUGUUGUCGAACCAGCUCGGGGGCUUCAAGGGCAAGCUGAAGGGCGCCAGGGGCGACGUCGCCGCCGUGCUCAACCCGGGGAAGCUACGCAGGCUGGCGCUGGUCUUCGGCAUGAUGCCGGGGGUCGCGAUGGAUCUCAGGACGGGCUGGGACUUCGCGCAAGUGGCGGGCCGGAGGAGGGCCCGCGAGGAUGUGGAUUUCGACCGGGCAGCGUCCAUGGCGCGCUCGACGAUCUGUGGCCCGUUCAGCCAGCUGGUCAAGAUAGACAAGAGGUUCCUACACUUCAACAUGGAGCUGCGCACGCUGCGGCUCAAGGCGGUGCGCUACGUCUUACGUGGGCGCCCGCGGGGUGCCCCGUCGUGGAACGCUGCGUCAGCGCUGCGAGUGCGAGCGCUCGAUGGAGUCGGCGCGGUGAAGGAGCACGGGCGUUUAUUCGGCCAGGUGGCGAAGCGCGCGAACGGCUUGACUGGCCUGGCGACGGGACCUGCAGGCUGGAUGACGGGCCUCAACGCCGCGUUCUCGAUCGACGCGGCGGGCGUCGCGGAGGCCGAGGCCGCGGAGUGCUACCAUGGCAUCGCGGGCGCGAAGCUCGACGCCGAGGCCGCGAUGAAGGGGCGCCAAGAGGAGAUGGACUACAUGGAGAAUCCGGGCGUCUUCGAGUGGGCCCCGGCAUCGAAGUGCUACGAAGUGAUGGGGAAGAAGCCGCUGCCGAGCGGCUGGGUGGACACGCGACUCGGACAGGCCAGAGAUCAGCUGCAGGAGGAUUCGAGGUGCGAGCUCAGGCGGGGCUGGUCACUCAAGAUGGCGACGCACGGGCCCAGGGAUGCCGCCGCCGUUUUCGACGUGACGGUGGAGCGGAUCAUGCAAGACUGCGGAGCGAUGCAGGGAGAGUUCUGCCCUUGCGUCUACGGGAAGUGCGCGCUGAUGUCAUGGCGACACGGCGAUGAUGUCGUCGUGCUGGGAGACCACAGGGAGUUCAAGGAUUUCGCCCAGUGUCGACACCGGGAGUCGCGGGACUUGAAUGCGGAGGGCCAGAAGUUGGCGGAGAAGAAAGGGCAGUGCAUUGAA